CCCGGAAGAACUCUGUUCUUGAUUGUUAGUCCCUAGACUUUCGUUUGGAUAAGAACUUUCGGCGAUUGCUUGAAUUGACGACAACAGCAAUUUGCAAUAUAAAAAAUCCUCAUCCCCAUCACCCUACUUCCUAUCAGAAUCCAUCCCCGCAGAUAACCACCCGCUUCAUCUAGACUCCCCCGCGAAUCGCUCGAUCUGUCGGACCCCACUGAAAGUCGCGUUGGAUGGAACCUGAAGAGCCGCUCUUUUUCGUUCGACCUCGGUGUUCUCCAACGCAGUUCUCUUCCGCAACAACAGCACCCAUCUCCCCAGUCGCAGCAUCGCCGCUCUUCCGCCGCCGGUCUACUUGAGGAUUUUAACACCUCGGAUAUCCGACAGCCCUAAUUCCAACCCCUUUGCACCUCCCCUCCCCCCCAGAAACCAAACGCAACCCAAUCGUCAUGAGCCUCGACGGGAAAUCCCCCACGAAGAGCGGGGAGUCGGCAACCACCUCUACCUUGGCGGAUAAUGCUCCGUCGAACCAGUCCUCCGCCGCCGUGAAAGCUCAGCUCCCCGCCCCAAUGGGCUCCUCCGCCGCCAUCUAUCCGCCGCCGCCGACGACCCCAAGUUCCAUGAACGUGGUUAAGCACUACCUCAAGCAACCACUGACGGCCUCUUUCAUUGCCGGAGGUGUCGCCGGAGCCGUGAGUCGUACGGUGGUGAGUCCAUUAGAGCGAUUAAAGAUCAUCUUCCAAGUGCAAGGACCCGGCAAUUCUUCUUACCAGGGAGUCGGCCCAGCAUUGCGAAAGAUCUGGAUGGAGGAGGGAUGGAGGGGUCUUAUGAGGGGUAAUGGCACGAAUUGCAUCCGAAUUGUCCCAUACUCGGCCGUGCAAUUCUCAAGCUACACCAUCUACAAGAAGAUGCUUGCCGGAGAAAGUAGCGAUAUGGGCACUCUUCGAAGGUUGUGUGCGGGAGCUAUGGCAGGAGUAACAUCCGUUGUUGCAACUUAUCCACUAGAUAUCGUCCGGACCCGUCUGUCCAUUCAGUCGGCGUCGUUCGAAACAUUGGGCAAGCGACAUGUGAAGCUUCCGGGAAUGUUCGCCACCAUGGGGACCAUGUAUAGGACCGAAGGUGGCAUGGUCGCGCUCUACCGUGGACUCGGCCCGACACUUGCUGGCGUGGCACCGUACGUCGGAAUCAACUUUGCUACCUACGAAGCCAUGAGGAAAUUCAUGACGCCGGAAGGCGCCGAAAACCCGUCGGCCAUUGGAAAAUUGGUUGCUGGAGGAGUCAGCGGAGCCGUUGCACAGAGUAUCACAUACCCUUUUGAUGUUUUGCGACGACGGUUCCAGGUCAACACAAUGAACGGCAUCGGAUACAAGUACAAGGGUCUGGGGGAUGCCAUUACAAUCAUCCUCAAGGCCGAGGGAAUCCGGGGUCUCUACAAGGGCUUGCUCCCCAACCUCUUAAAAGUGGCGCCGAGCAUUGGCAGUAGCUUCCUGAGUUAUGAAAUCACCAGAGACCUGCUCACGGGUCUGGUCGGUGGCAUAUGACGGGUUCCUGCUACUCGAAAUGACCGGGCACAAUACUACAGCUUUCCUUGUUCUUUCUUUUUCAUGGUUGGAUAGAGGCGCGCGGGGGAGAAACGGAUCACCCAGCCGAGGGGGAUGGCACAUGGCUGCAGUGUAAAGAUGGGUUUGGUGAACGUCCACAGAUAGUUUGCAUUUUUAAAUACGCCGUUUUCAUGACUUUUUACAGUGUUUAUCUUUUUUAGUUCAUGCAUCUCUUGCUUAUAAAUGUAUUUAUUGAUUCCCCCAUAUUGUGUUGCAGAAUAGUGUUAGCGAGCGGACGAUAUUAUCGCAGCUUGAUGAGGCUUCUUUGUUCUUGUUCUUUCUUUCUUUCUUUCUUUCU